GUUUUUGAGGUUAUUGCGCAGCUGCAAAGUCUGCGAGUUGUGCGGUAAAAAGGGUAAAAAGAAAGCACUAAAGAGAGAAAAAAAUGGCUGUCUGCUACUGUGUUUUUUCAUUAUUAUCAUUGUGCUGACAUUAAACAGUGUAUUUAAUUAAUUACAUUUAAAUUAAAUUAAAAAUCUACUUAAAAAUGACAACAUUGCUAUUAAAAUUCGUGCAAAACACAAAUGUCUUGCAUAAAGUACAUGGACGACAACCGAAUCUCGUGAAAAUUUAUCGAGAAACAUCGAGUCCUUCGGGGGCAAUUCUUCCUGAACCGAAACGUCCACGUUUUGGUUUUGUUGGCAUUGUUUGUGGGAUUGCUUUUGGUUUAUUUGUCGGUGCUGCUAUUAGUAAAAAUAUUGCCAAUUUUCUGGAAGAAAACGAUCUAUUUGUUCCAUCGGACGAUGACGACGACGACGAUUGAUCUUACAUAUUUUUAGACACAUACAAGAAUAUACUGCAGCGUGUUUUUUGUUUUCUUUAAAAUCGAAUUUUCGCCAAACAAUCAAUCAAUAAAUAGAGAAAUUGCUGCAAAUUAUUAUUAUAGAAAAAAAUAGUCGCUUUAAAAAAGUUUUAUUAUUACAAUAUGAAGGAGAAAUUAUUCUACGUAAAAGAAAAAAUAGAAAACUUCAUUCCACGUCUGCAAAAAGAGAUUCUCGAAAUGGGAAGAAAAAUAUCCUAUAUUCCUGAUUAUGAAAAAUGAAUAUUGAUUUUAAAUAUAAAAUGGAAAAUGGAAAUUCUACUUGCAAUAUUUAGCACAAAUAUAAAAUCUAAAUGCCAAAAAGGAAUACAAAUAAUUUAGCACAAAUUAAAUAGAAAUUAAAAUUUAAAAUUUUUUAUAUUUUAUCACAAAAUUUAUUAGUAUCAAGAAAAAAUAUAAUUUUUGCGCAAAAUUUUUUCUUAUUAGAUAAAUUUUUUCUCAAUGAUCUUCAUAAAAAAAUAUUAUAAUUAUAUGGUAAUAAUUAAUUUCUAUUUUAGUUUUCAAAAUGCACAUUUCUUUUUGUAUAAAAAUCGUCAAUUAAGUCAAUGUAACGUAAACGCUUCGUUAUUUAUGCUUUUAUACUGCUUUUUUUCAUGUAAAUUUUUAUUAUUGUUUUUUGUCAUUGUUGCUAGUGCGUAAAAUGUGAAAAAACAAUUUUGUUUCCUUUUUUCGAGUGUGAUAAAAUGAUUAGUUAAAUGUUUCUUGUGAUUUAUUAUCUAAUGUUUGUGAUAUAAAUAUUUAUCAUAAUCAUGUGCGUAUUUUCGUCAAACUGUUAUUGUACAUAAAUAAAAAUAUAAAACGAAA